AUGGCUCAUUUGAUUCAGUCGCACAGGCUAUCACCUGUUGAUCAUUCAGCUUCACGCCUGCAAAAUAGUUCAGAUCUCAGAUCCUCCUCAUUGAUCUCACUGCCUGCUGUCGUCAGAAAGCUAGAGGAUCCCCUCCUUUGCGCGUCAAAGUUCCUCAUUGGAUUGGUGGGUGAGAAAGAGCGUUCCAAUUUAAUGCUCGAGACGCCGGAGAAAGAUGGAUACAAGACGAUUUCUCUCCAGCUGCAGAGGAGAACGUCCGUGUGCAAAUACAUCCGCAUUGUCAAGCGGGGGAAUCGCAUUCCGGUGGGUGAAAUAGCUAGAGUAAACCCGAGCAAUGUAGGACUGAGAUUAGUUGAUUUUCUUCCUCCAUCUCCGGUGGAUCCAGCCCGUAUAUCAAAGCGUCGACGACUUUUCGAUCUGCAGCUUUGGGUAGCCAGGGCAGUUCGCGAAACAAGGCAGCAUGAUUCUACCUUCGACAGAAACUCGUUUCAGCUCCUGAUUCUCUUGAUAGAAUGCAACACCGUCGUAUUAACAAUGAUGGGAAUUCAUCAUAGAGACAAAUUUUCUACCGCAUGCCACAAGACGCUCUCUCAUUCCCUCGUCCUGGUGAUAUUUAAAGAGGAAAGGUAG